AUGGUCAAACUUCAGAAACCUAUUCGCCUGAACGAUCCAUCAGCUGCCUCCUGUCCCAGACAUAGAGGUCCUCGACACCGACUCGUAUUACCGGAUCCGCCAGCACCUCCGCGACUAUACACUCAGACUCACGCACUCUUACUUCACUGGGCGGCCGACGACAUAGGCGUCCUACCCCAAUUAUCUUUGCUUUCGCAAGUCCUAAGCUCGGUCUACCACUUCACUUCGAUCCUCACAUGCGCGAUUCCAUCCGACUAUCCACAAGAUUUUGUGCAAGGCUGUCUACAAGGUUUUAUUGAUAGAUGGAGUGGCGAGAGUAAUUUGCUUGUGGUGUAUUACAGUGGACAUGGAGAAAUUGACAAAGGUGGUGGGUUGAGGUGGUGCGCUUUCAAGCAGCCUCCAGGAUCGAAGAUUCAAGUCCCAGAGCUAUCAUGGACGCGCCUGCAAAAGCUUCUCGAGUCCACGCUAUCAGAUGCAUUACUCGUCCUCGAUUCUUGCGCUUCUGCCGGUUCGGUUUCAUUCGCACCAGUAUCGAAUAUUCUAACAGAUUCACUUUCGAGAAGCACCACCCGACACAGAUCUCGUUCGAACAGCGCGGGUACUCAAGCCACGACUGAAAUUCUCGCCGCUUGUGGAUUCGAAACGACCGCUCCUGGACUCGGUCCGGACUCGUUCUUCAACCUACUUGUCACAGAACUCUGUUCCCCAUCUUUGAUCCGUCGAGAAUUCAGUAUCGCAGAGUUACAUCGCCGCGUCUUGAGCAAGGCAGUGUUGAAGGGUGGCGAGGCACGCAGUCCCGUCUAUGUUCGCGUACGCGGUGAAGUUGGAGGGGGUAGUCUCGUCCUUGGAAAUCGUCGACUCAGUGAUCGGCGACUAGGUGUCUGUAUCAAGGAGAGCAAGAGAAUCUUACUUGAGCUCGACACGAGGUUCCAGCAGAGAGAAAAGGAUUUGAACAUUUGUGCGGAUGGAAAGGAAUGUGCAUUGGAGGAUCCUUGUGAUGGGUUGGAUGAGGAGUGUCCGCAGUUGGUGCAAGUUGAACAGAGGACUAGUAAGAAUGUUGCUUUUGAUAAGGUUGUUGUGCAGGAGCUUAGUGGAAAGGAGGUUGUGCUUGAUAUGGAGGGACGGGAGAUUCGGUAG